CUCGCGGUGUCCCAGAUUUUCAGUCACACGCGACAGUGCAUAGGACGCAGCCGGCUGUCGAUCGUUGCCGGAUCUGUUAGAUCAGUUCAUCCUCAGAACGGUUUCGCGGUUGAACGAGCGCGGAUCGAUUGAACCGGUAGCCACGUCGAUGGCCACGUUUCCGUAUAGUUGAAACAGAUACUCUACCGCAGCCUCGUGAGUAUCGAGAUCGCUCGAAAUCGCAGCUGUGCCCGAUAGAAUCGAAAGUUUCGCGAACGUGUGCCUGGUUAGUGAUGCCAAUGGACGAACGUGAGACACUUGUCGAGAGACGCCUCUGGAUUAUUUGAUAAAUCUCACGCUGCCUCUCGAGUAGCUUCCCGAUGGAACACCCGGUACGUGGACACGCGUGUUAACAGCUCUAGUAUUGUACGCGGGUGUAAUUGGACGACAGGUGUACAGACGCCGGGAGAGUAUACAAGGGACACGGAGGAGGAGAAUUCUGAGAGCGAAGGGAGGACUCGAUGAUCGCUAUGGAAGACGAGGACUUUGGUUUCACGAAAAGAGAGGAAGGUGUCUUGAAAAAAGCUAGCGGUACCUUCACUAACGAGAAUGCUUCUUUAGAAAAGGAGGCGGGAGAGACGGUUGGCGGGUGUAGUUCGGUGACGAGAGCGCUGUUAUCCGGGGCGACGGAGGCCGGAAACGCCGUCCCUGAGCGUGCAGCGACCGCCUCUUCGUCCUCUCCGGCUUCCUCAGUCGUUUCCAACCCGCCGAACAUACCGAACGUGGUCGAGUAUCAUCUGAAAGUGAAGCCCGGGCAAACGCAGGAAAUCUCUCGUCUCGAUAACAGUACCAGAAGUCAACCGGCAAGGGACAUGAAGAAAGAAAAGAGCCCCGCACCGUCCGGCGACAAAAAGAAGGACUUCGUGUCAAAGUUAUCUCGUCUAUCUACCGACAAUAACGUCUUCGAGGGUUCCACCGAUCUUCCUCAGGUCUUCCAGGUGAAAUAUCUGGGCUCUCAUGAUGCCAGGGGCCUCUGGGGCAUCAAGCAUACGAGGAGGCCCGUCGAUAAUAUGGUGGCUGCUGCGAAGGCCUUACCGACCAACACCAUGCUCCCACUGAUGAAACUCGUCGUCUCCCAAGAAGGCGUGACCCUGUUGCCUUUGGAAAAAAGGAAGCAAGACCCUAGCCUCACCAGGAUGUACGCUAUCGAGACGAUCUCGUACGGUGUUCAGGACCUCGUCUACACCAGAGUCUUCUCCAUGAUCGUCGUUAGAGAAACGGAGAACUUCAGAAGAGUAUCGCCGUUCGAGUGUCACAGUUUCGUCUGCGAGUCGAAGCACCACGCGAAGCAAUUAACUUACGCUUUGGCCACAGCCUUCGAGAUUUACUCGAGGACCGUGAAGGCGCAGGAUAAGAUGGCUGAAAUGGCGGGCAAGACUGCCAAGAAGAGGUUCGCCAUAGACCUGAGAAGCCCCGAGGAGAUCGAGGCUGAUUUAGCUGUAGAUUCCGAGGCUUGAGUUAGGUUUCGCUUACUUUAACACCGUUGUUGCAAGGAAGAUUAACGAGGAAAAGUGGUACGCAGGAGGAUGAUUGGUAUGCAAGGACGCCUGCCUCAGUGGACAACACAGGGUAUUCAUUGUCGAAGAUGUUUAAUAUAUGUAGAUUGCACUUUAUGGCCGUAGACGUAAGUUCGUUUAAGAGGAAAGUUAAUCUGUUGCGGAAUAAAUUUCGUCGGCGGCAGGUAUGUCGAAGGAUGUGAAACGAAGACGCGCUCUUUGAUGGAAUCGUUACGAUGAUAAAUGUUAUAUUUUUUUAUUGUUGUUACGCGACCUUUGUUUUAAUUGUAUUCUGUAUUACCUAGCCUUCUGGCCGGUGGCUGUUUAGAGAGAUUUGUACGUUGAUCCUUCGAUUCUUCUUUCGGCUGAGAUGUACUUAAGUCAGAGACGUACGCUUUAGGAUCCUUAUUUUCUGUCGUUGGCGCGAAAGUUGAUGUAAUUGUUGAUUGUUAAUUAUUUUAUCGGCAUUUUACGACCGACGGAGUAGGCGCCGCCUAUUUUCCACGAUACAAUGGCUAGUUAUCCAAAGAUAUCGAAUAGAAAAGAAGACGAAGAUCGCCGAGGGAUCUCCGCGGUGAUUUUUGCAAUUUCAUAUAUAUCACCUGAGUUUAAAAGAAAACGAAAAAAAAAAGAACGUAUUGAUUGGAUUUACCUUCUAGCCGCUUUGACUGUGUGCGUGUGUGUCUUUUUUUUAGCUUCAUCUUAUCGCAUGUUUUCCUUAGUGUACAGUAGAGGUUUUCUUUCCUUGUUAUUUUAUUUAUCCGUGACUUAUAGUUAAGUCGCAGAACCAAUAUCGACACAUAUCAAUCGUUGUAAAUAGAGGGACUAUCAAAAGCGUUAUCGACAACGCCACCUUAACACUAGAAUAAUUACACCGAUACUGUUUUAUUUAGCCGUUAAGUUACCCUUUUCGCUUUUUCGUUAAACAUCAUAUACUCGUCGCUGCACCUUUUCGUUCUUUCUUCUUCGUUCUAGGCAUGGGACAUUUGUGUAACUCUUCCUUCUUGUUUUCG